UUGUCUGGGGAGACGCCGCGGGGCUGAGGCGGCGGGGCCCGCGCCGGGACCGGCACCGGGAUGUGGCGGCUGCUGCUGGCGCUGGCCUGGCUCGGCAGGGCCCUUCCCGCAGGGGCGGCGGAGCAGAGCGCGGGCGGGCAGCCGCGCUGCCCCGGGGGCGGCCCCGCGCAGGACGGCGGCGAGCCGGUGCGGUACCGGACCGCGGAGAUGGCGGACGCGAUGCUGGGCAGCGGGCUCCCCGCGCCGCAGCAGCCCGUGGUGCUCUCGGUGGUGCCCGGGGAGGCGAAGGACGGCCCGGCGGCCGCCGCGGCCACCGGGGUUUGCGAUGCGGCGGCCGGAGGUGAGGCGUGCGGCGUGGGGAGCGGCGCGGCGGGCAGCCAGCCCCGGGAGCAGGCCGUGCUGGAGACGGUGCCGCCUGCGCCUGCCGAGGAGCCCAACAGCACCGACAGCGCCAAGGCUCCCAAAGUGAACUGCGAGGAGAGGAACACGACUGGCGCGGAGCGCCUGACGCUGCAGAUCCUGAACGUGUCGCAGGACCUGAUGGAGUUCCUAAACCCAAACAGCAGUGACUGCACGUUGGUCUUGUUCUACACACCAUGGUGCCGCUUUUCUGCCAGCCUGGCACCUCAUUUUAAUUCUUUACCUCGAGCGUUUCCAACUCUUCGCUUCCUGGCACUGGAUGCAUCUCAGCACAGCAGUUUAUCAACGAGAUUUGGAACUGUGGCUGUACCCAAUAUCCUCCUUUUCCAAGGUGCAAAGCCUAUGGCUAGAUUUAAUCAUACAGACAGGACACUGGAAACACUGAAAGACUUCAUUUUUAAUCAAACAGGUAUAGAAGCUAAAAGCGAUGUGGUUGUGACCAAGGAGGACUGGGAAGGGCCCCUGCCCAGUGUUCUGACAAAGGGCAUAGACUGGCUGCUCCUGUUCUCACUGCUCUUCCUGGCCAGCUUUGUCCUGUACGCCACCGUGCGCACGGAGAGCAUUCGGUGGCUGAUCCCAGGACAAGAACACGAACAUCAGGAAUAAUCCAAGAUCCUGAAAUAGGGAGAGAAUUUCCUGCUCAUUGGUAAAGCAGGAAUUUGUACGGACUAGAAGUACAGAAGGACAAACUGUUGAAUUUGGUGGUUGUAAUUUAUAACGUUGACUAAAAAUCUGCUUUAUUUAUCAAGCUGUAAAAAGCAAAUAUGUGGCAAUUAAUGUGGUAAGUAAACAAAUAUGAAAAACCAUGAACUAAACAAGUAUUUCUUAAGCUGAUCAGCUUAUUUUUCAUGCACUGUAACGUGAAUAGGUGGUGCAGUUCUCCUUCGCUCUCCUGAAGAGGUCCCCGAGCUCCAUAGAUCAAGAUGUGUGCAGCAUCACCCUGGCCUGGCUGUGUGGCACUGCCUGGCGCAGAAGCAGAGGCACUGCUGCUCUGGUACAACCUGUGGAUCUUUUCAGAUCCUACAGAACUAAAGCUGCUGUGUGGAUGAUGUGGUAAACACAUAGAAUUAGGAUGUGUUGACUCACAGAGAUCCUGCGUCGGUUUUGGCUCAUGUAUUCCUGGAACGUUUUAAAGGAAACCAUUGGUGAGUGGUGAUGUUCCUAAAUUAGUUUGUCAGGAAAAUGAACUAUGAGGAAAAAGAUCUUUUGGCCUUACUCUUUUUUAAAUAAAACAGGUUUUUAGUGUAA